CCGGAGUAGUUAGUGCCAGUGAAGUGCGGGCGGCGAUGAGAGCGAAAGUUGCGCUCGCCUCGGCGCGGGGGGCUUGAGGGGGCUUUAAGGGGCUUGACGCGGCUCCGCGCUCCGCCCGCCAGAGCCGCCCCCAGCCUCAGCCCGCGCCCCGGGCUCCCGCCGCGCCCGCCCCGCGCCGCCCCCCCCACCUCACGGCCGGCGCCCCCUCCUCAGGAGCCGCGGGUCCCCGGCUCUUCGGCCCGGGCCCGGCCCCCGCCGAUGCCGGCCAUGGUGGAGAAGGGCCCCGAGGUCUCAGGGAAGCGGAGAGGGAGGAACAACGCGGCCGCUUCGGCCGCCGCCGCCGCCACCGCCUCGGCCGCCGCCGCCGCCGCGGCCGCGCAGGCCGCCUCGGCCGCCGCCUCCGCGUCCGGCGCGGCCUCGGCGUCCGCCGCCCCCAGCAAUGGGCAGAACAAAAGUUUGGCGGCGGCGGCGCCCAAUGGCAACAGCAGCGGCAACUCCUGGGAGGAAGGCAGCUCGGGCUCGUCCAGCGACGAGGAGCACGGUGGCGGCGGCAUGAGGGUCGGACCCCAGUACCAGGCGGUGGUGCCCGACUUCGACCCGGCCAAACUGGCAAGACGGAGUCAAGAAAGAGACAACCUUGGUAUGCUGGUCUGGUCUCCUAAUCAGAAUCUGUCAGAGGCAAAACUGGAUGAGUACAUUGCCAUUGCUAAAGAGAAGCAUGGGUACAACAUGGAACAGGCUCUUGGGAUGCUUUUUUGGCAUAAGCAUAAUAUUGAAAAAUCUUUGGCUGAUUUGCCCAACUUUACCCCAUUCCCAGAUGAGUGGACUGUGGAAGAUAAAGUCUUGUUUGAGCAAGCCUUUAGUUUUCAUGGGAAAACUUUUCAUAGAAUCCAACAAAUGCUUCCUGAUAAAUCUAUUGCAAGUCUGGUGAAAUUUUACUACUCUUGGAAAAAGACAAGGACUAAAACCAGUGUUAUGGAUCGCCAUGCUCGGAAGCAGAAGCGGGAGCGUGAGGAAAGUGAGGAUGAACUGGAAGAAACAAAUGGAAAUAACCCCAUUGACAUUGAGGUUGAUCAAAACAAGGAAAGCAAAAAGGAGGUCCCCCCAGCUGAGACAGUUCCUCAGGUCAAAAAAGAAAAACAUAGCACACAGGCUAAAAAUAGAGCGAAAAGGAAACCUCCAAAAGGAAUGUUUCUUUCUCAAGAAGAUGUGGAGGCUGUUUCUGCCAAUGCCACUGCUGCUACCACGGUGCUGAGACAGCUGGAUAUGGAGCUGGUUUCACUCAAGCGCCAGAUUCAGAAUAUUAAACAGACAAACAGUGCUCUCAAAGAAAAACUUGAUGGUGGAAUAGAACCGUACCGACUUCCGGAGAUGGUUCAGAAAUUUAAUGCACGUUGGACCACAGAAGAGCAGCUUCUCGCCGUACAAGCCAUCAGGAAAUAUGGCCGAGAUUUUCAGGCAAUCUCAGAUGUGAUUGGGAACAAAUCAGUGGUACAAGUGAAAAACUUUUUUGUAAAUUAUCGACGGCGCUUCAACAUAGAUGAAGUUUUACAAGAAUGGGAGGCAGAACAUGGCAAAGAAGAGACCAAUGGGCCCAGUAACCAGAAACCUGUAAAGUCCCCGGAUAAUUCUAUUAAGAUGCCUGAAGAGGAAGACGAGGCUGCUUCUGUUCUCGACGUCAGAUAUAUGGCCGCCUCCUGAGGAGCACUGGCCGCUCGGACACUUGGUAUGGACUACGGUGUUGUCCAGGAUAUCAGGUAUUACCAGACAUCUCCUAGCCAUCUGCAUCACAUCUCUGUGGACAAGCAGCUACUACCAAAAAAAGGCAUCUACUUCCAGUCCUGUGCUGCACCUGCCUUAAUUCUUCGCUCGUUCCUCCACGUUGGCGCCACUUCCCAGAGCGCCCCAUCGCACCUUUCCCGCUCUGCCCGAGUGCUGGGAGAUCUCACGGCCCGUGCACCUCCCGGGACUCUGGGAGCUGUCUCCCCAGUCAGAGCCCCCCCCCACGGCAGCUCCUCCCAGUCCACAGCUUCGGAACAGGGAGCCGGCUAGGAAGGCUCAGCGCUCUUCCCGCAUGGCCUGCAGUUUCUUUGUGCAUAAUGUAAUUUUCAGAGUAACUGUGACCCUCGUGACCUUCUAGAAAGUUCCUCAUGUUCUUUCCUGAGGCCACCACCUAAGUUAUAUCAUGCUUCUUUGGAAGUCACACCCAUGGGCAGGCUGCAUGGUAAUCCUCAUUGUGCCAAGUGUCCAGAUGGGACCCUCGCUUCCCUAAACUUGGGGUGUAAUUAUGGCUUAUAAACGUGGUGGGCCUCAGCCUCUCCCUUCUCCCUUCCCAAGUGGUCGGAAGCCCGUUCACGGCACCUGUCCUUGGACACUACAGCCUGCAGGGCACGUGGACCCCGAAGCUUUUGGCUUUGUUUCUCAGCGUUGUCGUCGCAGGACGGUUGCCCCCCUCAUUCCCCCCCCACCUAGCUCCAAGAGAUUUGGUCCACACCACUGUACCUGGUGCUCGUACCCUUGGAAUCGGUGCCUUCUCCCUUUGGCAACCAGAUUAUCGAUCUUUUUUGUGUUUUCGUGUCUUAUUUCUUUUCUAAAGUAUAUUGCUUGCCAAAGAUGACAUCACUGGGAUUAAGAGACAGGGGAGGGCUGGCUGCAGAUUCUGACAGCAUGCAGGGUCCACAUGUCAGGUUAGCUCAGUAAAGGGUAUUGGAAUAGCUGGUGAUGGUUUUAUAAAAGCUACACAUUGUCCCCUGGUCUCCUGGUUUGCCUUUUACAUGUCACUCCAUAUAUCCUUUUGGUCCUUCACGUACUGAUGUGAUCCACCACAGCACCACCCCUCUUUUAUUAUUAUAGUACAGGGCAGAGAAGUGAUCGAUUUAUAGGUCUGUGAGGACCAAGAUGAAAAGAAACAAUCUACAAAAUGGUAUGUAAUGCCUUCUGCUUGGGCUGGUAACUAGUAAAAAUUUCUAAUAAAUGUUCUAAGACUCCAGAAUGAUUUUGAUUUUUUAACAGAUUGUGGACCUCCUGUGGGGUUGAGGAACAGAUAGUCAAACUGCAUUCUUAUGGAAUCCUCUUUCCCCAUCUCCACACUCAGUUCAGCCUGCACAAGAUAUGUUGAAGUACCUUUUCUGUUUUAAUUUUUAAUUUUUUGGCCUCAUUUUCAAAGUUAAACACUUUUUCUGCUUUGAGUACCAAAAAGGGGGGCAGGGGGAUGCAGAUGCUCUAAGACAUAAAUGGAAUUCUUAAGAAUUUUAAAUAUGCAAUUAAAAUUUGAUGCGUUUUUGAGUCCCAAGCACCUUGCUUUUCUUCUAAGUCAGCUGAUUUUUUUUCUUUAGAAAGAGUCAGCUAGAGACUGACCCUAGAGAUUGGAAUUGUGUAUUUUUUUUUAGAAACUAGAGAAAGGUCAUUCAAAAGGGGAGUAAAAUGGGACUUUUCCAACUUUUGUAAUUUUGCACCUAUGCCAGGUGUCUGUUGGUCAGGUAAAAGCAUGCAAGAAACAGCAGCAGAGCAGAGCGAGGGCAUGCACAGCUCGCUUUUCCUACCUGGAGACAAAAUAACACUAGAAACGAUGGAGACUUUUGUUUGUGUUUGUAUCACAAACCUGCUGUGUGUACUGGAAAAUGGCAGGAAAAACAUGGGGUGGAGUCCGCAUGGGUUUUGCACAUCUUUUAAAGGGGACACUAAGGAUGACCCAAAGCUUUGGGUUCUCCUUGCUUCUUGUCCAGACGUCCUUCGUAUUAAAGCAGCAGUAGGCAGCUUGCUGCAGUGGGUUUCUCACUCUGCCGGGAGAUCUGUUCCUCUCCACGCCCAGGCUCUUUUCCUUAAGAAUCGAUCCUUCCGGGCAGUGCUUUGAGGUUUGAUGCUAAUUAUUAUUUAGCAGGACCAGCAGACAGCAGUGCCAGGCAUUCGUCUGCAUUCUGCACUGUCCUAGUGCUUGGCUCCUGGCACUGAGUGGGCUCCAGUCCCGAGAGGUCACAGUGCUGGGGCACUUAGGAUCUCAGCAGUUGAAUUUUGGCUUUCUCCCCAAGGAAGAGGGGCACAUAAUGUUCAUUUGACAGAAAGAAAAAAGAUAGAGUCUUGGCCUGACUGCCUUUGUUGUAGUUUCAUGCAUAAGAUAGCACUGUGCUUUAAACAUGUUUUCAUUACACAGUCUUUGCAAUGAUGUUGUAAAUGCAAGAAAUCACUUAGCUUUAAAAGUUGAGUGGUUUGGUCUAUUUAUGUGAAGACCCUUUUUAACAUAUCAAGAAUUAGGUGCAUCAGCAGGUCGUGUCUGGGGUGUCAAGGGUCCACCAUGAUAACCGCUUAAGACGUAAUGUUCCCUUAAGCUUUGUCUUCUUAAAAAUUAUCAAUGUGAAUGUCAUAAUUAUAUAUAUUUUUGUGGAAAAUUCUCCUAAGUAUAAGUUAUUGUGCAAAAUAUAGUAUCAUUAAGCAAAUGAUAGUUUAACUUUUAGUUUAGAAAUCCUAAAAGAUAUAAAUUGUAUUGCGUAUGCAUUAAAAGUUUGUUUUAUUUAAUUUUAUGUGUAUGUGUAAAGUGUUAGGUAAAAUUUUUUUUCACUUAUCCAUUCAGACACCUUAUUACUUGAAUGUUGUGUUAACUGGUCUGAACGGUGAUGGACUCGGUAAUGUGGCUCUUUGGCCCUGGUUGUGCUGGUCAGGGAGGUGAAGGAGCCCAGGGGUCACUGGCCUCGGCAGAGCCACGUCCAACUCGUCCUCUUGGUGGGUUUGUGCCUGCCGGGACACUAGUUCCUCCAAACGGUGUUUGAUUGUUUUCAACUGGUAAGACCCUUUGAUGGCCACAAACCUCUAAUCAUAAAAUGAAAAUGAAAGAAUAGUUGAGUUUUAAAACCCUACUGUGGUGGGCUAAUUAAGCAGUUGUUUUCUGUGUAUAUAAAGUUUUCUCAAACACACCACUGUAAGUGUGCUCAUUGUCACUUUAAAUUUCAACUAUGCCCGAUUUUUGUCUUCUAAGAUGUACCAUUGGUGCAAUUGCACACCAAAAAUAAGCCAAGCAGUGCACUACACUAACUGGAUCCCUGCUUGUGGGAGCAAAGGAAAGAGGGAACCAACUCAAAACCAAGAGCCUCCUUUUCUCUUUUGUCUAGCCUGUUUCUAAAUCUAGUGACCUAGGAUUCAAGCUUUUAAUAUCAAGUGAAACUUUGCCUCAGAUUGGCUCAGUGUGGUCAGCUAAUCUGAAUCAGUGAUCUUGUGCAAUGCUUGAAAACAGACACUCCUUCUGCCCCUCCCUGGAUCUCUGCAGCUUUUCCUAAUUUUAGUAAAGCACAAUUGCAGUCACAUUACAGUUCAGAAGAAGGAAGGUCAGUAUAGUCUAUGCAUGUUGUAUAAUAUUGAGUGUUUACAGUCAUCAUCUCCUAAAACUAAAAUUUAUACUGGAGUGGAUAGUAUUCCAUUAUGUAGACUUAAUCAGUUUUGCUAAGUGCUUUUUAGAUUGCUUAAAAAUUUUUCAAGAUUUUAAAAGAUGUAUAAGGUUAAGUUUGCAAAUAUAACGGAAAUGCUGUAUAUCUUUUGAAGUGAUAAAAUCCACGUUGGAAUUUUAAAGAAAAUACAUUGUAAUAAUGCUGUUGUAAGUAAUAUUUUAACGUCUCUCUUUGCCUGUUUUCUAUUUCAGCACAUUCAUUGUGGUGAAUGUUCGUAGCAUUAUAAUUGCUUAGCCGUUGAAUGAUAACAUUUGUUAGUGGAAAUUGGAAGGUUUAUUUGUGAAAUUCUGCAGAAUUCCUUUUUCUAUUUCCAAUAUUUGCUGACGUUAAAUAAAAAUUUUCAAGCCA